AGUCGUGUGGUUGAAAGGAAACAUCUGCUUGCUAUUGCUAUCAUACACGCCAUCAAACAAUCCCCACUUUUUAUUUUCCUUUAUAAUUGCAACUCUGAUGAAUACCCAUUUGGAAGAUUCAAUUAAACGCGUAAUAUAUAACCAUCAAUUCCAUUAUAAAAAACCCAUUAUCUGCAACAACAUCAACAGCAAAAGUACUGAUGAAGAUGGAAUACGAAAGCCAAAACCUUGUGUACAAUCUUGAUGAAGCACUUGCUGCUGUGGGAUUUGGGAAAUUUCAAGGUUUUGUUCUUGUUUAUGCUGGUCUUGGAUGGUUUUCUGAAGCAAUGGAAGUUAUGAUUCUCUCUUUUGUGGGUCCUGCUGUUAAGUUGAAAUGGGAACUCUCAUCAACUCAGGAAAGCCUUUUAAGUACUGUUGUUUUUGGAGGUAUGCUGAUUGGCGCUUGUACAUGGGGACUUAUAUCAGAUAAUUAUGGAAGAAGGAAAUGUGUUUUAAGCAUAACAGUUAUUACUAGUGGAGCUGGAUUUAUAAGUGCUUUCUCGCCAAAUUAUUUAACAUUAGUGGUUCUUCGAUGUUUGGUUGGUUUUGGCCUUGGUGGGACACAUGUAUUCUUAUCUUGGUUUCUUGAGUUUAUCCCCACUUCACAUAGAGGCAAGUGGAUGGUUAUCUUUUCAACUUUCUGGACACUUGGAAUUAUAUUUGAGGCUUCACUAGCAUGGAUUGUGAUGCUGAGACUAAAUUGGAGAUGGCUACUUGCACUGUCCACUGUACCAUCAUUUAGUUUACUGCUCUUUUAUGGUCUUGUACCAGAGUCCCCAAGAUAUCUAUGCCUGAAAGGAAGAACAGCUCAAGCACACCAGGUUCUGGAGAAGAUCGCUUUAGUUAACCAAAAGGAAUUACCUCCGGGCAUGCUUGUUUCUUAUGGGAAAAUUAAAGAGGAUGAAGAAAUUUCUGCAUUAGAACAGAAAAGAUCUCUACUCUUUAUGGAUAGAGAAAAGAUCUCAACCCUAAAAUCUGGCUUCUCAUCAUUUAGUUUGCUUUUUUCAUCAAAUUUGAUUCAAACAACACUUCUCCUCUGGGUGUUAUUCUUUGGAAACGUAUUCUCAUAUUAUGGCAUCAUAUUAUUGACCUCCCAGCUAAGUUCUUCAGAAAGCAAAUGUAGCUUGACUAUCUUGCAUUCGCAAAAUCCGCAGGAUGAAAGCCUAUUCAUGGAUGUGCUUAUCACUAGUUUUGCAGAGCUUCCUGGGAUUCUUUUAUCAGCUAUGAUGGUGGAUAGAUUUGGCCGUAAACUUUCUAUGGCUAUCAUGUUCAUCUUUGCUUGGAUUUUCCUUUUACCACUGGUUUCUCGUCAGUCAGAUAUCUUAACAACAGGGUUGUUAUUUGGUGCUCGCAUGUUCUCCCUGGGAACCUUCACAGUUGCAAGUAUUUAUGCUCCAGAACUAUAUCCAACCUCCAUUAGGUCGACCGGUGCUGGAACUGCGAGCGCUGUGGGGAGAAUUGGUGGGAUGGUAUGCCCUCUCGUCGCGGUUGCAUUGGUGAGCAACUGCCAUUUCAAGGCGGCUAUUAUUCUGUUUGAGGUCGUAAUUGCUAUAACAGUUGUCUGCAUUCUGCUAUUCCCAUUUGAAACCAGUGGACGUGAAUUGAGUGACCGCUUAGCUGCACCUGAGUCAAAACAAGAUCUUGUUGGGUAUUAGAUUUGUACAGCUUCACCAUUUAGAAAAAAGAGGGUAAAAUAGUUCAUCUUGUAUUCUUUCAUUAUUCGAUGCGCAUUGUCAACAUCUAUGGUAAGAAUCGGAUCAGUGGAAAUUCAGGAGUUACGAAAAUAUUCAUUUUUUUGCUGCAA